AUGAUGGCGGAGACGAGUAAGAAUGCCAAAAUUGCGAGGAGGGCUGAUGACGAUCCGGCUGGAAUCUCCGACAGACUCAGCUCCCUACCGGAUGAAAUCCUCUCCAACAUACUCUCGCUCCUGCCAACCAAGUACGCGGCCGGAACCUCGGUGCUAAGCCGACGUUGGAAGGAUCUCUACACCGAGAUCACCAACAUCGACCUGGACAACACCCUGGUUCACAAGCCUCUCAGCAAGCAACUCGCCUGCGAGAACAUGCCGCCCGACGCAGCCCAGAAAAAGGAAUGGAUCUCCAAUGUGGGAUAG